AUGCUGAACUAUGAGUCCAAGAUGCUGCAGAAGGAGCCCGAGGCCAUCGAGGCGGAGAUCAGCGAGUUCCAGGAGAUGGACAAGAAAGGGAAGCUCACAAAGUGGAAGAAAGACAAGAUGACCCGAGAGAUCGCCUUCUACGGGCGACUGAAGGACCAGGUGGAGGAAAACAACCAGAAGCGAGUGGAGGAUCAGCACGGGGAUCAGUUCUUCGUGGAUUUCGACGAGCUGAAGAUCCACCGAAAGUCGUCGAUCUACUACGAUCCGGUCAAAAAUCCAUACGGCGCACCACCGCAAGGGCAGGUACUGAUGUACCGCCACCCGGAUGGCUCGGUGAAGCGUGAGCCGCCCCCUCUGUCCGGCUCCGCUUCCUCCAUGACCCAGGGCCUGGUGCCGGGUCACGGCGACAUGGUCUUGCCACAUCAGCGACCCAUGCAGGAGGAAGAUGAUGGUGAGUCAGAAGAAUCCGAAGACGAUGAUGACGACGACGAGGAAGAUGAUGAGCCCAUGCUCCCCUCAGAGCUGCCAGACGGAACUGUGCUGCCGCCCGGGCCUCCGCCAGGGCCGGCACCAGCGAAAGCGGCGCUGCCGCCUGGGCCACCCUCGAAGCCCGACAUGCCGCCGCUGCCGGCGGGGCUGCCGCCACUGCCGCCGGGCCCGCCGCCAGUAUCCUCGCUGCCGCCGAUGCCGCCAGUCGCCAUGGGGCCCUCCUCCCCGAAAGAGGCAAAUUGCAACACGCGCACUUGCGAGUACAGCGAGCUCACCUGA